AUGUCAGGUAUCAUCGAAGCAUCAUCUGCGUUAAGAAAGAGAAAACAUUUGAAGAGGGGUAUCAACUUCACCGUGAUGGUGGUAGGCCAAUCCGGAUGUGGUAGAUCAACUUUCAUCAACACGCUAUGUGGACAACAAGUUGUUGAUGUUUCCACGACAGUUUUGUUACCCACAGACACUUCCACCGAGAUUCAACUGCAACUGAGAGAGGAGACCGUGGAAUUGGAAGAUGAUGAAGGUGUGAAGAUUCAAUUGAAUAUUGUUGACACGCCUGGAUUUGGUGAUUCGUUGGAUAACACGUCGUCAUUUGAAAUUAUAUCGGAUUACAUUCGUCAUCAAUAUGAUGAGAUUUUAUUGGAAGAGAGUCGAGUGAGGAGAAACCCAAGAUUUAAGGAUGGGAGAGUUCAUUGUUGUUUGUAUUUGAUCAAUCCCACGGGCCAUGGGUUAAAGGAAAUGGACGUUGAAUUUAUCAAGCAAUUGGGUCCACUAGUUAACAUUUUCCCCGUUAUUAGUAAAUCUGAUUCAUUGACCCCAGAUGAAUUGAAAUUGAAUAAGAAAUUGAUUAUGGAGGAUAUAGAUAGGUUUAACUUACCCAUUUAUAACUUCCCCUUUGAUGAAGAUGAAAUCAGUAACGAAGAUUAUGAAACAAACAUGUAUUUGAAAUCGUUAUUGCCCUUCUCCAUUAUUGGGUCCAAUGAAGUCUAUGAUAUGGGUAAUGAUUUGGCCAUUCGUGGGAGGAAGUAUCCAUGGGGGAUGAUAGAUGUUGAAGAUGCUAACGUAUCAGAUUUUGUCAUUUUAAGAAAUGCACUUUUGAUUUCACACUUACAUGAUUUGAAAGAUUAUACACAUGAAAUAUUAUACGAACGUUAUAGAACGGAGGCACUAUCUGGAGAAUCUGCUCCAUUUGGUAGAUCUGCUGUGGGAACUCCUCAGACACGUGAUACUCCACAAAUGGGUGGACCAUCUGCGGGCAUGAACACAUCGCAGAUCGUAGGGACACCAGAUGCAGAAGCAAUGGGAUCAUCUCAAGAUACAUAUUUGGCUCGUGAAGAACAAAUAAGGUUAGAAGAGGAAAGAUUGAAGGCGUUCGAGGAAAGGGUCCAACAAGAGUUAUUGUUGAAGAGAAAAGAACUGUUGCAGAGAGAGCAAGAAUUGAGAGAAAUUGAGGAGAGAUUAGAACAAGAGGCCCAAUCGAAGGAACAAGCGUCACAGGAGAUUUAA